GCUCUUUCUCUCCCCUCUCUCUGAUUUGUUCAAAGAAGGGAGGAAGCCUCGUUUCUUCCAAACUUCCAUUCCACACGCCUUUUGACGCCAAUUUCCGCCCGCCUGGUAUUUGAUUGUUUGCUUAGAGAAGAAACCCACUUCUUUUUCACCACCACAACCUUCAUCAUCUCUGCAGUUCGAUCUUUUUCAGAAACCGAUCUCCGGACAUCUUGAUUUUCCUAGGACCUUCUGCUGUUCAAUCGCUGCAUUGAUUCAAAUUCUGUGUAAUCAUUUCUGCUCACUCCAAUGUCAAAAUCUGGAAUUACAAAAACACCCAUGGGCAAGGUUGCAAAGCAACGUUCCUCAGAUACUGGGCUUUCUGGUUCCAACCCUUUUGACUCUGACUCCGACUCUGAGUUGAAAUCAACCCCUUCCGGUUACAAUCAGGGCGAGAGGAGAGGUGCUCCUUCUGUGUCAUCGUCUCCAUUUGCAGUGUCUUCAGCCACCAGAAACCAAUACAAGAAUGAUUUCCGUGAGUCAGGCGGGCUGGAGAAUCAAUCUGUGCAAGAGCUAGAAAAUUAUGCGGUUUACAAGGCCGAAGAGACUACAAUGAAAGUCAACAGCUGCCUGAAGAUAGCCGAGGAGAUUCGAGAGGAUGGUACUAAGACGCUUAUCAAUCUGCAUCAACAGGGUGAACAAAUAACAAGGACCCAUACAACAGCUGCUAACAUUGAUUAUGACCUCAGCAUGGGUGAGAAGCUUCUGGGAAGCCUUGGGGGCAUGUUCUCCAAAACAUGGAAGCCAAAGAAAUCUCGCACAAUCACCGGGCCUAAGAUCAUGACAGAUAAUUCAUGCAACAAAAAGGGCAGUCACAUGGCCCAAAGGGAGAAGUUGGGACUUGUGCAGAAUCCUAGGGCCCAAUCAGAGGCUCGACAGCUUUCUACACCUUCUGCUGCACUUGAGAAAGUUGAGGUGGAGAAGGCAAAGCAAGAUGAUGCCCUUUCAGAUUUGAGUAACUUGUUGGGUGAGCUGAAGGAUAUGGCCAUUGAUAUGGGAUCAGAGAUUGGGAGGCAGAACAAAGCUCUGGAUCAUCUACAUGAUGAUGUGGAGGAGCUGAACUAUCGAGUGAAAGGUGCCAAUCAACGUGGCCGUCAUCUGCUCGGGAAAUGAUUGGAUUUUCAUUGGUAUUGAUAUUUAACCGGCCCAACGCAUUCUCAAAGAUCCAGAACUUUAUAUUUAUUGGUUUGGAUACUUGAUCAUUCAUUGUUGGGUGCUUUGAUCAUGUUUUUGGGUGUUUUUGGUUGGACCAAAUAUCAUGACAUUCAUGAUAUUCUUCGUGAGAUUAUAUCAUGAAGUGUGCAGCCAAACAUACCCUUAAAGAGUUCUUUCUUUUUUUCCCCUUUUGUUGUGAUAUUUAUACAAAUAAAAACAUUAUGGAAUUGAAUCUAUUUUGUA